UUCGGUCUUGGCGCAUCAUUCAGCAUGUCUAAUAUCGUUUAAAUAUGUGGUAUGCUACUCGGUGUUUCCGAAAUCCUAUCUGCGCUGCUGGCGAAAUUGUGGUUAACAAUGAAGGUUGGAUGUAUUCAGGCUUACGGUAAUCAGUUCAGAAAAUCUUUAUAAAAUAAUAUUCAAGAUGCUUCUAUGCUUACUUAUGAUCGUAUCGAAGCUUCCAAUGUGAUACAAAUAGCUAAGGAACUUACAAACACAAAGCUACCGACAGAUAUUGAAGUAAGUAAUAAAUAUAGUGUUAGGUAUCUCAAUCAAUAUUAUUUCGUUUUUUUUGUUUUCAGGUGGAGUGGCUGUUAAAAGCAGUUUGCUUAAUCGAUUUAACCACAUUAGCUGGUGAUGACACACCUGCCAAUGUACAAAGACUUUGUGUAAAAGCAGCUCAUCCUCUAAGUGAAUGCGUUUUGAAUAAAAUUGAAAAUGCGUUCAGUAUGAACCUACAAGAUUUAAGAACAGCUGCUGUAUGUGUUUACCCAUAUCAAGUUAAAACAUGUGCAGAAACGUUUAAGAAAUUAAAAUUACCAAAUUUUAACAUUGCUUCUGUUGCUACUGGUUUUCCUACUGGACAGUAUCCCCUAGAAACUCGGCUAUUGGAAAUUAAAUCAGCUAUAAAUGAUGGAGCGAAUGAAAUUGAUGUGGUAAUAAAUAGAACAUUAGCUUUACAAGGCGAUUGGGAAGGAGUUUAUAAUGAAGUAUGUGCAAUGCGUAAAGCUUGUGGUGAUCAAGCACACUUAAAGACUAUUCUUGCCACUGGUGAAUUAAGCAGUUAUGAUAAUGUUUAUAAGGCUUCAAUGGUUUGUAUGUUAGCUGGAGCAGAUUUUAUUAAAACUUCUACUGGCAAAGAAACAGUCAAUGCAACACUCCCAGUUUCAUUGGUUAUGGCUAGAGCUAUUCAGGAUUUCAAAGAAGUAUAUGGCAUCAAGAUUGGCUUUAAACCUGCCGGUGGUCUUCGUACAGCUAAAGAUGCUAUCGACUAUCUUCAAUUAAUUGAUAAUGUUCUUGGCUCUGAUUGGACAAAUCCCGAUUAUUUACGAUUUGGAGCUAGUUCACUAUUAGCCAAUAUUGAAACUCGACUAUACAGUCUAUGCCAUAAUGGUUUAAUGCCAUUACCUGGUGAAUUAGACUUCUUUUAAUUUUUUUCCCCCUGUUUUCUUUCAAUUUAUUCGACUUGAUUAUUUUUGAUGAUUAUGUUUACUUUUCUUUUUUUUUAAAAAGUCUUUUCUAUUAAUUUUUUUUAUACUGAUGAACCAAACGUUAUUUAUAUUUUGUACACAUUUCGUUUUGACUGCAAAAAAGAAUACAAAGAGGUGGUGACGGGAGUCGAGAG